GAACGGAACGCAAAGCGCGACGCACGCGCAACCGGCCCCCCACAAAAAUAGAAACACCAUUUUAUCCAGCCGAUAUCUACGUGAAUAUGUGCGGCUAGUUCGGAAUAAAUAAAGCCAAAAAUCAAAACUAUAACAGAAAUUGUGUGCGUGCCUCGAAUCACAACAUGGUCAUGGAGAUGUCCAAGACGUAUCAGUACCGCAAGGUGAUGAAGCCGCUGCUGGAACGCAAGCGACGGGCGCGCAUCAACAAGUGCCUGGACGAUCUCAAGGAUCUGAUGGUGGAAUGCCUGCAGCAGGAGGGCGAGCACGUGACGCGCCUGGAGAAGGCCGAUAUACUUGAGCUAACUGUGGAUCACAUGCGCAAACUCAAACAGCGCGGCGGCCUCACUCUGCAGCCAGUCGGGGGCGGUGGUGGUGGGAACACAGCCGCAUCCAGCACAAGCGCCGCCAACGUCGAGUCCUUUCGCUCCGGUUAUGUGCAUGCAGCCGAUCAAAUUACACAAGUGCUGCUGCAGACGCAGCAAACCGAUGAGAUUGGCCGCAAGAUAAUGAAGUUUCUUUCGACGCGCCUAAUUGAGCUGCAAUCCCAAUUGCUGCAACAGCAGCAGCAGCAGCAACACCAACAACAAGAACAGCAAUCAAUGCCUGCCGUCGGCUAUGCAACGGGACGCUUAGCCUUUCCGCUGCUAGGCGGUUACGGUGCCGCCGCCGCAGCCAGUUACAGCGCCUUCCUGGCGGGCAAGGACGAGCUGAUCGAUGUGACAUCCGUGGAUGGCACUGCGUUAUCUGAAACGGCGUCGGUUAGCUCGCAAGAGUCGGGCGCCUCGGAGCCCGUCUGGCGGCCCUGGUAAUCCACUGGCUGACUGGCUGGCGACAUCACCUAAUUUCUAGAUCUUAUCCUUAGUAUUCCAAAUGGCUAUUAUUCGUUUGCUGCCGCACUUAUCAGCAGCAGCAACAGCAACAGCAAAAUCCGUUGUCUUCCAAAGCAAAUUGUCGCAUCGAAUCGUAUGAUUUAUUGCACUGUGCAUUGUUUUUAAAUACUUUUAAGUUUAUUUUGAUAAUAUUUGUAAAUUUUGUAUUUCAUCUGUGAUAUAACUAAAGUACAUGGCCUCUCGACUCAAUCUGAGAGCGCUAACUUCCUAAAUAAUUUUGAUAAAGUUUCCUAGAACUAGAAGUUUGAAUUAUGUGUUGUUCAUAAGAAACUGUGCAGAAAAUGCGAAGUAACUAAAUUAAGCUUUAAAUAAUUUAUAAAUGUUAAUCUA